AUGGUCGCCCUCUUCGCUCUUCUCCCUUUUGUUGGCAUGCUCGCUUUCGCCUCUCCUCUCAUUCAGCGAGCCGACAACUCUACCACCAUUGGCCAGAGAUUCCACUCCCAGGUCAACGCGGACGAGUGGUGUGUGACUGCCGGUAGCGGUAAUGCCGCCAAGGGUGCUCGUAUCAACAUGGAGAGGGAUAUGAUGUUCUCGGAUACCACGCUUGUCGCUGGGUACGGGGGUGAUGAGGGAGAGGAAGAGGAAGAGAGGAAGAAGGGGUUUUUGAAGGCGCCUGAUGCGGUGGUUCUGAAAAGUUAG